GCUGUGGUAUAUAGGUCGCAGACGCAGCUGGGAUCUGGAUCUCGUUGCUGUGGCUUGGCCUAGGUCGGCAGCCACAGCUUCCAUUCCACCCCUGGCCUGGGAACUUCUAUAUACCGCAGGUGCGGCCAUUAAAAAAGCAAAAACAAACCAACAAAAGACACAAACAACUCUUUUAAAAGCGUGGAGAACACCUAGUCCCCUGAACCCACUUCCAGGCCUCGGUACUCAUUUUCCAAUAAGGUUUAUGUGAGUUGAGAUCCUCAAAUUUGGACUGGAUUUUGGCGUCCUCAACUCUUCUUUGCACAACUCAGAAAAAGAAGCAAUCUUAAGAAAUACAAGGAUUCAGCCCCACAGCCCAGGUGCCCGGGUGUCAUUUUCCCCUGCGGCUACCUCCCCCGACCUCUCUCGGACCCCGCCGGAGUGCACAACGCGGGACGGUCCCCACGCGGGGUCCGCCAGGCACAAGUUGCAGCUCAAACUAGGCGACCAGCUCCACCCACAGCUGCCGCACCACCCCUUCUCGGAUCUGGACAAAACCUAGCUCCCAGGACACCAGGCCGGGUGAAGGUUCGCUGUCAUGCAUGCCCCGGCGCGGACUCCCGGGUCCGAGGAAGGAGGUGUCCCUGGGAUCGUGCGGACUCAGCCAAGCCCGCGCGGUGGCCACAAAAAACGGAAGCGCCGGGGCAGGACAAGUUUUUGGCCCAGCAGCGGGUCCUGGAGCCUGUGGGCGGGGGCGGGGACAGGCUCUGAGGGUCUUUGGCUUAGGGGCGUGUCCUGCCCGUCGCUGCGCACUUCCAUUAGCUGGCGAGAUUGGAGGCGGGGCCUCGGCAUCCUCCCACGGAGUCUACACUAGCUAGGAGCGCGGAGCGCUGCAGCUGGACGGGACCUUGCUGGCCGGCGGCGCCAUGAGCCACAGCCUGGACGCGGUGCGGAGCUUCCUGGAGCAGCUGGAGGCGCGGGGCGGCCGGGAGGGGGCGGUCCUCGCCGGCGAGUUCAGCGACAUCCGGGCCCACUCAGCUGCCUGGAAGACUGACGGCGUGCUCUCCACCGAGGCUGGUAGUCGACAAGAGAAUGUGAGGAAGAACCGCUACAAAGAUGUGCUGCCAUAUGAUCAGACACGAGUGAUCCUUUCCCUGCUCCAGGAAGAGGGACAUGGUGACUACAUCAAUGGCAACUUCAUCAGGGGCACAGAUGGAAGCCAGGCCUACAUCGCCACACAAGGACCCCUGCCUCACACCGUGCUAGACUUCUGGCGCCUCAUCUGGGAGUUUGGGGUCAAGGUAAUCCUGAUGGCCUGUCGGGAGACUGAGAACGGGCGGAAAAAGUGUGAGCGUUACUGGGCCCAAGAACAGGAGCCACUGCAGAUUGGGCCUUUCUGCGUCACUCUGAUAAGGGAGACCUGGCUGAAUGCAGACCUCACACUCAGGACCCUCCAGGUCACCUUCCAGAAGGAAGCCCGCUCUGUGUACCAGCUGCAGUAUAUGUCCUGGCCAGACAGAGGGGUCCCUAGCAAUCCCGACCAUGUGCUCGUUAUGGUGGAGGAAGCCCGUCGCCUCCAGGGAUCUGGCCCCAGCCCCUUCUGUGUCCACUGCAGUGCCGGCUGUGGGCGAACAGGUGUCCUGUGCAUUGUGGACUAUGUGAGGCAGUUGCUCCUGACCCAGAUGAUCCCACCUGACUUCAGCCUCUUCAAUGUGGUCCUCAACAUUCGGAGGCAGCGGCCAUCUGCUGUGCAGACAGAGGAGCAGUACAGGUUCCUGUACCACACAGUGGCUCAGAUGUUCCUUGCAGCCCUUCAAAACGCCAGCCCUCACUACCAGAACCUCAAGGAGAACUGUGCCCCGCUCUACGAUGAUGCCCUCUCCCUCCGGACUUCCCAGACCCUUUCUGCCAUGGCCCGCCCAUCCGGCGGGGUCCUCAGGAGCAUCUCGGUGCCCGGGCCCCCGGCCCUCGCCAUGGCCGACACGUACGCCGUGGUGCAAAAGCGCGCGGCUCCCGCGGGCACCGGGGCCGGGGCGGGCUCGCGGGCGCGCGGCGAGGAGGAGGCGCCGCUCUACAGCCAGGUGAUGUCACGCGCCCGGCGGCCGCAGGCGCACGCGGAGGACGCGCGCGGGGCGCUACCGGGCCGCGUUACUGCUGACCAAAACCCUGAUGGGCCCGGCGCCUAUGAGGACGUGGGGAAUGGAGCGCAGACCACUGGAUUAGGCUUCAACCUGCGUAUUGGAAGGCCUAAAGGACCCCGGGACCCCCCUGCCGAGUGGACCCGGGUGUGAGUGCUGCACCCCUGCCUGCCUAUUGCUCCAUAGAAGUGCCCGGACUGCUGAGGGCUCUGCUCUGCUCUUUGCAGUGUUGGGAAUGGAAAUGAUGGGCUGAAUCCAAAAUAAAAGUUUCUCCCUGUUGGAAA